AAUGACUUGUUGAGCGACGAGAAAUUCUUUUUUUGUUUUCCUUUUAUUUUUCGUUUAAUUUGUAUAUUUAAGUUCGUUUUACAUUUAUUUUUACGCAAUGUUCAAGCAGAAAAACAAAGCCCUGCCAAGCAUGACCAAUAAAACCAGGAAUCACUGUGAAAUAUGUGAACAAACUAUAGUAGGUGGGCCGCGUAACUUCAAGGCACAUUUAUUUAAACACGGUGUUAUUAAACCCCGGUUCGAGUGUAAGCACUGCCCUAGCCAGUUCUUCCGUUCUGACAAAUUUAAACGCCAUAUGAAAUCACAUGAUAGGAAUCACUGUGAAAUAUGUGAUAAAACUGUAAUAGGUAGCACAUAUAAGUUUAACUCACAUUUAUAUAAACACGGUGUUGUUAAAUCUCGGUUCGAGUGUAAAUACUGUUCUAAGCAGUUCUUCAGAUCUGAUACAUUUGAACGCCACAAGAAAUCGCAUGAGGGGUCCCAAAAAAAAUUUAUCUGCGAUUAUUGUGGUCGAAGUUUUGUUGAUAAACGAAAUCUAAUUUACCACUUCAAAGUCCACGAUGACUCGUUCCACGGCCGGCAAGAUAUUCAGUUUAAAUGUGACGCCUGCGGCGUUUUUUAUUGUGAGAACAGGCUGCUACAACAUCAUAUAAGAAGAAAGCAUUUCAAUUUACAAGUCAAAGAAGUACUGUACCAUAAAAAGAACUUAAACGAGACAUGGGUCGAAGCUGUAAAUGACUCUAAAAACUAUGUGAAGAUGACUAAAGUUAAUAACAAUGUGAUUACUAUUAAAAAAUGUGUGAAAGAAGAGCAUUUACUUAACAAAGUGCAAACUCAUGAUUUAACACCAUUAUUGUAUUCCGGCCGGCAAUAUGAUAAAGGAAAAUGUGAUUAUUGCAAUAAAGAGAUGUUAAAGAAAAGCCUGCGGCUGCAUAUACAAGAGAAACAUUUAAAUGUCCGUAAAUUUAAUUGUGAGACGUGCAAGAGGUCUUUUAAGCGACAUUAUCAGCUGGUGGAUCACGAAUGUGGAAAAAUUAGGAGGCGGAAGAGGAGAAACAAAGACACGGGGAAUAAAGAUUGAGAAAAGUGACCUUCAUCCAUCUAUUAUAAGGACCAAAACAUAUAGUUGAAUUCAAUGUAUAUUUUAAAAAUUUGGCAUUCUUGGUCUAAAAAGGAAUGACACCAGUGCCACCUGCCACCCCAGGCCAUGGCUUUUGGCCCUAGGGUGAAUAUGUCCCUGGUUCAAGCAGGCGUGGCUCACUCCGCGAUUUCGUCGCUUUGCUACAGGUAGCUAAAAGUACAUCCGUUCCACACCAAUUUUGGGGAAAGCCAUAAGCCGCGCGUGGCGCUGUCGCCACCUAGCGGCCGUAUCUGUGCUGAUCGUAACAGACGCGUUUUGUUAGAGAGUGAGUCUUCUCUACCUAGUACAGUCACCUGCAAUAAUAUGUUACACAACGAAGGCAGCAAAAAUAUCUGACACGAUCUUAUUUGUAGAGUCAUAACAGCGUGUCACAUAUUUUUGCGGCCUUCAAAGAGUAACAUAUUAUUGCAGGUGACUGUACUAUUAUUUAUUCUGUGGUUCAAGCUACAUUUGGUAUGGUUUUAACACUUUCAGUGCCAAGAACCCGAUAGUCAGAAUUGGGAUGGUUGUAAUUGGGGCUCUUGGCACUGAAAGUGUUAAACCAUGUAGACCUCAUCAAUGUUUGAUGUCAGACCAUCUUAAGGAUGUCUUGCCAUGCAUGUAUUUAAAAUCGGUGGUAACUGGAUCCAAUAGAUUUGUCAUGUAUAGUUAUUAAAGAAAAGGUAAAUGCUUGCCUACACUGUACAUUCGCCAUCAGAUAUAAUGGAGCAGCCGAGGUACUCAAAAAUAUCUGAAUACGCACCCUAGCGCCUAGACAACAGAGGUGAGUUCAGUUCUUUUUGAGCACCUUGACCGCUCCGAUAUAUCUGAUGGAGACUAUACAUGCAUUUUAUAUAUCGUCGGGUGACAAGCAAAAGUCACUAACUAACACGAUUGAAAUGAUUGGACAAUAAACCGUGUUACAAGUGUAAUAAAGUGCAUUAUUACUUUAAUUUUUUGAUAGUACUUAGUGACUUUUGCUUGUCACCCGACGAUAUGGCCAUUGUUAAAAAGGAUUAGGAACAAUUUUCUUGAAUUUAUCAUUGUUUAUGUUUAUCAUUGUUGUUGUUACUUCUAUUGAAGAACAGAUGUUGUGUUAUAAUACAAUUUCAUAUCUUUAUAAAGAAGCAUAGCAUGUGAAAACAUAAAACGUAGAAGUGUUAAUUUUUAGUUUAUAUUAUAUUACGCCAAUAAAAAUAAAAAUUUACAGUAUACAUAGAAGUAAUGCAUGUUUAGAUCAAGUCUUCCAAGUUUUAUGUUGGACUAUAUGUGACGUUACCUAUGAAAAGGGACCUUAUUCUAGAUGGCACUUACGCCAUUAUUAACGAAGCUCCAAUAUGAAUACAAUGCACUUUAAUAAUUUAGGAUUGGUAAUUAUUUCAUUAUACCAGGCGUGGCUCACUCCGCGAUUUCGUCGCUUUGCUACAGGUGGCUAAAAGUACAUCCGUCCGACCCCAAUUUUGGGGUUUGCCAUAAGUCGCGCGUGGCGCUGUUUCCACCUAGCGGCCAUAUCUGUGCUGAUCGUGACAGACGCGUUUUGUUAGAGAGUGAGUCUUCUGUACCUAGUACUAUUAUUUAUUCUGUGAUUAUACUCAAGUCAAAUGAGCCACCAUGGUACCAUUGAUGCAUAUGACAUUUCUUAUGUACAAACAAUUUUACAAUAUAACUUUGGCAUAGUUACAGUGAACCAGUAUGAACAUAUGUUUAAACCAAGUAAUUUAGAUCACUUUAUUUGUGAUUUAGUGCAAACAAUACCUCUCCCUUUCUAAGGAAAGAGAUGCAACAUGAAUACUAUGCACAAAAAAGGUAUUUAAAUUAAAUUUGUCAGCUUUUAAACUACAUCAGUACAUCACAUGUGUAUGUAGAGGUAGUUAAAAAUGAAAAUUAUGUCAAUUAGUACUUUUAGUUUAAUUUUAAGUGCCUUGGACUCUGCAUAUAUUUUUACAAGGAGGGGUAGAAUAUUUACAUUAUAUUAUAUUGUAUAAUAUAUUUUAUAUUAUUAUAGGUACCGAUAUCAUGCUUGACAACACAAUUAGUGCCUUAAUCUGUAGGUAACUGCAUAUCAUGUCAUGGAUGUAUACAUUUUAGUUUUGACUACAUAUAGGUAGAUAAGUAGAUAUAUUAAGUUUUAUCCAGCGAAAUGCUAUACAUGGAAGUAUUCUGUCCGCUCAAUUAUGACCCAACGCAAACUACCCCGCGAUAGGCGGUACUUACAAACUGCUCGAUUGGCAAUCUCAGUACGACCGAGAUGACAGUCAGUGACAAAUGGCUAAAUUGAUUUAUAAAAACAACGUUUUUUUGUAAUUAAAAAUAUAUUCAUGUGUCGUGAAGUGGUGCAGAAGUUAUUUUAGUUCAUACCAAGGACAGUGGAAUCACUUUUCACUUGUAUAAACAGAUAACUUCAGUAGAAUUUGGAAAAAUCAUGACGAUUUGUUUUCAAUACUAUCGUGCUAAGCUAAAACGUAACAACUGCAUACGACUUUCAUAACAACAUACGACUUUUUAAAUUGCGAGGAUAAUAGGGAUGGGGUUAUGCUAAAUGAAGUAGACUAUUUUAUUAACUUGUGUUUGGUUUAGGUAUUUUCUAUAUAAUUAUAAAUGUAGUAAUAAAUUCCUUCUUACAGAUUUGUAUUUUCCUUUUUUAUUUCAUGAGAUGGAGCUAUAAAAAAACUACCUAGUUAUUUCAAAUUAAUAUUCAAAUUUGGUAUUGUCAUUUUACAUUACUUUCCAUUCAGAUUCCCACAAGAUGCUAUUCGCAGAGAACUAUGGAAAAAAGCUGUCCAAUUAGAGAGACAUGAAAUUGAGUGGAUGCCUGGCAAGAUAUCUAGAAUAUGUUCUAUUCAUGAGAUAUAACCCGUGAGAUAAUCAUACCCGGUCUCCUAUUUGUAGAUACAUUUUUCCUAUCAUGCUUUCACUGAAUUAAUUUAACAAAUACACACAUUAUCUGAAAAUGUUGAUCAUUUGAAUCCACCCUCUACUGUCACAUUUAUGUAGGUUCUCUCUCAAGCCAUUUCCGUCAGUAGAAAAGAGCGGCAAACAUAUUAACUCACAUUAUAGACGGGUCUAACGCGAAUUAUAUUCAAUUACCUUGAUUUACCGACGUAAAUCAGUUUCGUUUCGUAUAAUGUGAGUUAAUAUGUGUUCAAAACGCGAAAGUUUAAAAUAUUAUAAGAGCGGCAAAUUUAGAAAAUGUAAGCGCGCGAACGGCUGUGGUCCUAUACAAAAUUUUAAUUUUGCACCUUUUUCUACUGACAAACUUGCUUGACCGGCUAUAUAGGUACAUAUAAAAUAUUCUGAACUGAAAGUGGGGAUUUAUUGUGACUCCGCCUGUUCAAAUAUUUUUGACCCGAUUCGUGUACCCAUGUAAAUUUUGCAGACUGUAUAGCCAGUCCUAUUUCUAAGAUCAAGUUCGCCAUACAUUUACUAUGACGUACUUGAUCUUAGAAAAACAGACAGACUAUACCUGAACGUGACUUCGCACUGCCAUGCAGAUUGAUAAUAAAAUAUACAAAAUACUUAUUAUAGCGGAAUACAUUUAUACAACAAUGAUAUAUUUACUUAUGUUGAGUUAGUCUGUCAUGUCAUAACAACAUUUUAACUAGUUAUCUUUUAAUCUGCAUUAAAUUAUUAUACGUGAAUUAUUUGACUGGUUCUUCACUGUAUGGCAUAAAUCUAUCCCUGUCCAAGUCAUAUUCUAAUCAAAUAUGAACCGCGAACUCUCAGCGGCCAGUACGUACAGCAAGAAGGUUAUUAGCGGAUUAAUGUCGCUGAUUGGUAGUUAUUGACAUUAUAUGCAUUUCAUCUACACUUAGCUAUGUACCAUUAGUGUAAUAAAGAUGACUAUUAUUUCGUUUACCAGCUUUGAUUACAGGCUCUGUAAACGCGUCGUCUUAUUUGAAUGUAGGCGUAAUUGUGUAUGUGUGCUAAUUUGGCCCGAGAAUUUGAACGGUAAUGUUCCUAAAGGCGGUAUCCUUAGUUAUAUAUGAUCGCAGAGUUUUAUCACAUAGACUACUUGAGAAAGAAAUAUGUCUGUGAGUUUCAGUAGCGUUGUGAAUAAUUGAAUAUUUAAGUUUAUGUUUAUUCAUUCUUAUAAAUGCAUGGUAACUUCACAGUAAUAAACAACAGUUUUAGGGUUAUGCUAUAUUUCAAUUAAAGAUAUAGAACUUUUUGGUUUAUGUUUUAUUAUAGAAAUGUUGCAUGUUUGAUACAGAAAUCAAAUACAAUAUCCUCCCAAUGAUUGUAUUAUUUGUAUUGAUAUAAAAUUGUGUAUUGUAUAGUCUGACUAACCAGUUUUAUCAGUAGAAAGACGUAAAAAUAAAAUUUCCCAUUGGUGAACUAUUCUACGCGCCUAAUUUUUUCAAAUUUGCCCCCUAUUAUUACUGACAGAAAUGGUUUGUCAGACUAUCCUCCUAAGGCCCAGCCAUACAAAUGAAAAAUGCAAAAUUUGAACCUACACUGUAGCGAAUAGAGUUGAUUUUGCGUUGUUCAAAAACUGAACUAAACACAGCAAAAGCAACUCUGUUCCAAUCGAAUAUGAUUUAAAUUUCAUUGAACUGAAUAAGUACUAUAGGUAGGACCUUGGGCCUUAGGAGGCUAUACUUAGAUUAUUCUUGGGGGAAAACAACAAAAGUAUGGGAAAAUUACAAAGUACACUUGUUAUGUAAAAUUUUCGUCGUUCAAAUCACGGUAAAGUUCUUUUAAAAGUAUUUGCUUGCACAUCGGUGGAUUGGGUGUGGUACUCUGACCUCUAUCUAAUGGUUGUUCAUAGUUAUAGUUAUUGUAUACUAAUAAAUCAUUUUUAUUGAA